AUGCCUUCCAACUUGGAAGUUGCUGUGUACCUUCAACCACCUCAUUUUGCAGACUUUCCGCAUCCUCGCAUCCAAUCAACCAGGUGCCAUCACAGACCGACGCAGGUACCCAAGCUGCACGGCGGCCCAGCGUACCAACGAGUCCCUGCCGAUCACCAAGCCGAACGCCACACACCCCUCCCUCCUUCCAAUCAUCUACCCACCCUCCCAGCCUGCAUAUUUGCAUGGCUCCCCAAAGAACCUGGUCAUGAUGCUGCCGACCCCGUCGACCGCCCAUUCCUGGCCUUCUCCUCCAAGGGCGCGAAGCAACAAAUAAGAAAAAGUAAAAACGAGACGGGCGAAAACCAAAGCCGGUGA